AUGGCUUUAGGUGAACAGAACAAUAUGCGCAUCUUGCUUGCAUUAGGUAUAAUUGGUCUGUUUGGAAUAAUUACUUUUGCUCUUGCUGCUGCCACUCUUGGUACUCUGAACAAACGAUUCGAUGAUCUCAAUCAAAAAGUAGAUACACUUCGCCAACAAAUUUCUAAUUCUUAUGGCCAAUUAUCCACAACAACUACAACUUCAACGACGACUGCUACCACAACUUCGACUACGACUGAUACUACAACUUCAACAACCAGUGCUACGACUACUUCCUCAACUUCAACAACCAGUACUACGACUACUUCCUCAACUACAACAAGUGCAGGAGGCUAA